AACAUAAACAAAACAUCCAACACAUUUGUUUGUGAACGGUUCGGCGUCGUUUUUGUGUAUUCAGUCGGUCGUAGUGUUAAGUUUUGCGUUUUACAGCUAAAAAUACGACCAAUAAUGGAACAUAUCCCAUCUAUCCGUCGACGUUCAUCGUUGUUUUCGAUUAAUCAUGUCGAUUCCGGCUCCACCUCCAAUGAACUCGUUAGAUACGAGAAGCAGCUCCGGUUCGAAAUAAAACAGUGGACUCAUCUGCUUCGUUCAAAAUCUCAAAAAAUGCAGCAGCUACGCGCAGCUUCGUGCCACAUCGAUCAUACUAUUCUGACCGACGAGCAGCGCAAAUAUCUUGCCAACGGUCCAAAGGUUGAUCAAUUCAUUGCAGAAACCGAAGCAUUCGAUACAGCUGUAACUGCUUACGUUGUGCGUAAAUCAUUUUUGAUGGAAAGGAAUGCUCAUAUCGUCCAAGAAGUGAAAGCAUUGGUGGAGCUUGAGCUUAAAGAUAAAAUAGCAAACGAAUUAUCAGAAAGUAUUGAUCCAUAAGGAUGCACCGAAAGACUUGAAGCUCUGUGAAGAAACCAAUGUGUUUAAUUAUUCAUCAAUAAACAUAAUAAACCGUAUUGAAAAACGA